AUGAAUCUAGAGACAGCUGGUAAAAUUUGGGAAUGUUCUUUAAUCUUGGGCAGAUAUCUAAUCAAGCAAUCGUAUUUCAACAAGAUUGAACUGGCCAACAAGAACGUUCUCGAAUUGGGUUGUGGAACUGGGAUCUUGAGCAUCAUUCUAGGAAAGCAAGGUUGUAAUGUUUUGGCCACUGAUUUGCCACAGGUUGAAGCUCUAUGUGAACAGAACAUAUCAAAGAAUAACAUUGCCAGUCAGGUCAAAUUCAAAAUACUUGAUUGGAAUCAAAGUAAGCACAAAACUGAUUGUCUGAUUGAUAAAAAAUAAAUUGAUAUUCUAGUCGCUAGUGAUCCAAUUUAUAACUAGAAAACCUUUGACUCCUUCUUUGCUCAAUUGAAAAUAUUGUAUGAAGUGAUACCCAAUAAACCUAUACUCUAUCUGGCUCACAAAUACAGACAUGAUGAAUUUGAUAAAAUCCUAGAAGACAAAAUUGAAGAAACUGAGUUGUGGUUUAAAAAGGUUGAUUCAGAACACUUGGAUGAUCUAUGGAAAUCAUAAUAGUGCGUAGUCUAUAAAAUAGGCAAAUUUUGA